ACCUCUUAAAGUAUUCCAUAGCGUGCUACAGUCGUGACGUCUUGAAUCGGUGUUGGUCCGUUCUCGUUUCAACAGUAGAUCUUUGAGCUCCACGUUGUCGUUGGCAAAGUAUAGUCAGGUGUGUGAAUCCAGUUCUUUUAGCUCUGUAUUUUUUAGUGCGGUUAAAUAAAAAAGUGCAUUUCGUUUUUCUGUGUUCAAAAAUAACUAUUAGUACUACUACGAAGUUUACAAAGACGCUCUUGCUGGAACUGCAUCGUUGCAAAAGGCUACGGCAUAUUGAAGACAAUACUUGUAGAAACAAAUGGGGGAAAAAAUAGAACCGAAAUACGAUGAAGUUCCCCAAAAUGAAGAAAACGCAGCAAAAGACAAAGAACAAACGGAAGGAGGCGGCGCCGUUCGGUUGCAAGCUAAGAUGAGUCUUCUUAACGGUGUAACCGUUAUCGUUGGCAGUAUCAUCGGUUCUGGAAUUUUCAUCUCCCCGACCGGUGUCUUGGUUCAAACUGGAAGCGUGAAUAUGGCAUUGAUCGUUUGGGUUGUGUCGGGUAUCUUCUCGAUGAUUGGAGCCUACUGCUACGCUGAAUUGGGUUGUAUGAUUAAGAAAUCCGGUGCCGAUUACGCUUACAUUAUGGAAACAUUUGGCCCUUUUUUGGCGUUCAUCCGCCUAUGGGUGGAAUGCAUGAUCGUGAGACCGUGCUCGCAGGCUAUUGUAGCAUUGACCUUUUCCAUCUAUAUUUUGACACCAUUUUUUCCAGAAUGCAGUCCGCCAACAGAAUCGGUUCGACUAUUAGCCGCUGCUUGCAUUUGUCUUCUAACAUUUAUUAACUGCUGGGAUGUGAAAUGGUCAACGCUCGUGCAAGAUACGUUCACGUACGCUAAACUCGUGGCUCUGUUCAUCAUUAUUGGAACUGGCGCCUACCAACUCUGCACGGGUCACACUGAAUACUUUACGUUCGAAAACACGGAAACCGAUUUGACGAAGAUUUCUUUGGCGUUUUAUUCUGGAUUAUUUGCCUACAACGGAUGGAAUUAUUUAAAUUUCGUUAUUGAAGAACUUCAAGAUCCAGUUAGGAAUCUUCCACGAGCCAUUGCAAUUUCUCUCAUCACGGUCACGGUCACUUACGUCUUUACAAAUGUGGCGUUCUACACGACCUUAUCUCCACUUGAAGUACGGGGGUCGACCGCCGUUGCCGUGACAUUUGCGGAACGCCUGUACGGUCCCAUGGCGUGGAUUAUUCCCGUGUUUGUGGCAAUGUCUACGUUUGGAGCUGUCAAUGGAAUAUUAUUGACCUCUUCCAGGUUGUUCUACGCCGGAGCCUGUGAAAAGCAAAUGCCGGAAAUUCUUACCAUGAUUCAGAUUUCACGAUUGACACCCACUCCCGCCGUCCUUUGCAUAGCACUGCUUUCGCUAUUAUAUUUGAUGUCCGACAACGUUUACAGUCUCAUUAAUUACGUUGGAUUCGCCACAUGGUUAAGCAUAGGUUUAGCAGUGGUUUGCGUCCCAUACCUACGAUGGAAACGGCCUGAUUUGGAACGUCCAAUUCGAGUUAACCUCUUUUUCCCUAUCAUUUACAUCAUCGCAACAAUCUUCAUCACGGUUGUCCCGUGUAUUGCUUCUCCAUUAGAUACAGGACGUGGAGCGUUGAUAAUAUUAACGGGCGUCCCGGUGUAUUUUGUAUUCAUUUACUGGAAAAACAAGCCACCAUGUAUCCGUAGGGCACUGUCAUUGUUUACUGUCACUCUCCAAAAGAUGAUGGUUGUGGUCAGCCCCGAAUGAUUUAUUUGUUGGAUCCUUUGUUGCGAUACCACAUAAUUUCUCGUUUUAUCUACAGUUGCCUUCACGGUCUUCAUGCAGAAGAUUAUGGUUGUCGUUGGAGCUGAAGAGCCGGUCCGGGUGUAAAGCAGCUCCUAAUCUCACCGAUGGUUCUGGGUUUUGUUAUCUUUCCCUUUGCUUUAAUUGUGUCUGGUGUUUUAAUCUCAUGUGUUCCUAACCUUUCGGCUUUUUUGCUGAGAAAACUAUUACGUCAGGUUGAUCUCUUGUUGGAAGCAUAGUCAUCGAUGAGUCUCACAGUUGAAUCGUUUUCGAUCUGUCGUAAGUAACAUCCUUCUCCGGAUCCUAGAAAAAAACUCUUAUUCUUUGGUGCAAAGCUCAUAUCUUGGCUCGCUAACCAAGGUUGUUAUAUCUAAACCAGAAACUGUUGCCCAUUACAUCAAUCUCAUUUUUGCAAGCCCCUUCCCCUCUCCCCCCCCCCAAAAAAAAAGAAACAAAGAAAAAAAAAAGUUUGCACUGAAAUUAAUUUUUUUAAAACUCAGCUUUGCACUCUGAACCGCACGUUAGCACCCCUCACCCAGUCCUGAGCUCAUGCUAUAUUGGCGUAUAGCAAAUCCUAGCCCGAAAAAUUUUUCCUCAAAUUUGCACGGUGUAACACGAACUGGGACCCAACACCUUUAAGUGCCGCGGAGCGUAACAAAGCAGAGGCCUUUGAUCAAUUCGAUUCCACUUGUAACGUCGCUUUCUUCAGUUGGCAAUCUCUUUAACCUUCUUUACAAAUGCAUUCAUUUCCUUUCAAGCACCUAUAGAGAUCGUCCAGUCAAAAGAAUAAGUUUUCAUUUUUCAGGUAUGUCUGCAUGACAAGUUGAUGCAAUGCUUAACUUUCAACCGGGAUAGAAUAAUGUAUUUCUUUGAAGUAAACAUCGUGUAUUGUUGAGAAAAAGAACUGGUAAACGAAAAGAAACAAAUGAUUUGCAUUUCGUUAAUGAAGGGAAACGAGUUUCUCACGAAUUGUUAUGUUUAUUCAGUUUUCUACUUCUGCUGGUUUUCAUUUGCCUAAGUUAAAAAAAUAAUAAAAAGAACUUUAUUCGAAA